GUCAUGUGAUCAGCUGUGUCCAAUCACAGCUGAUCGCAUGGGACAUGUACACUGAUCAUCAGGGCACUGAUGAUCAGUGUGCCCUGAUGAUCUCUGUAGCCCCAGAAGUGCCACCUGUCAGUGUCCAUCAGUGCCAGCUGUCAGUGCUCAUCCAUGCCACCUGCCAGUGCCCAUCAGUGCCACAUCAAUGCCACAUAUCAGUGCCUACCAGUGCACAUCAAUGCCAUAUAUCAGUGCCCAUCUGAGCUACCUUUCAGUGUCACCCAUGAGUGCCACCUAUCAGUGCUGUCAAUCAGUGCCACCAAUCAGUGCCAGUCAGUG